UAGUCACCUGUCUCUUUCGAACGAUAGAGACAGGCAAUACCAGUCUAACUGAAAGUAGACGUUAAAAAAUUAUUGCGUAAGACGCUGUGAGUAAUGGGAUUAAACUCUUCACGUCUGCCAACAACUUUGUCUCACCCUCAAGCCAAGUUAGUUCAGCAGGCCAUCUCACAAAACUGUGUGGUCAUUUUCUCCAAGACAACAUGUCCUUUUUGUGUGCAGACGAAGGAGAUCUUCAAAAACCUCGGGAUACCAUAUGAAGCAAUGGAGCUCAACAAACAUCCUGAUGGUCAAAAUAUACAGAGCUACCUCGCAGAUAUCACAAAGGCCAGAACAGUACCUAGAGUUUUUAUCAAUGGAACCUGUAUUGGUGGAGCAACUGAAACAAAGUCUCUGCAUCAAUCAGGACAACUUCUGGAAUUAGUGAGCAAGUGCCAUAACCCCCAAUUGGAACAAGUUCGGAGAUGAUUUAUACAGACUACCCACUAGUUGUUGAAUAUUUAUAUAUUAUAAUUGUUGUAUUUUGUAUUAAAAAAAAGUUCUUAGUUCUUGCAAGAAGAAAAUGAAAAUAUGAAAUAAAAACAUCUUUAUAGUUUAA